CCACAACACCCCGCAGUACAACAAAACCACGUGACCCCGGCUUUGGCAUGGCGUCUCCCAGGCUGCUUGUUGCCGGAGCCGCCGCCACCAUAGUCACCGCCGCCACCGCGCCGCUCGAUUCGGUGGAUGAUGCCGAGGGCUUGUACGUGGCCGUGGAGCGCUGUCCGCUCUGCAACACGGCCAGGAGACGCCUAACCUGCGCCAAGUGUAUCCUGGCCGGCGACUUCGUCUACUUCGACAGCAGGAACUCGGAGAGAUAUGCUGACAAGAUGGAACGGUUAAAGCUCUUUCGGAAUGAGAAGGAAAAGUAUCAGCAACAAGUUAUAAAAGCUGUUGAAGGGAAGUUGAAAACUGAUCAGUUGAAAUGGAAGCUUAUGUCGUGUCAGAUAAGGAUUGAACAGUUGAAAGAUGCAAUUUGUUCAGGAAACGAGCAAGUACAAAAAGAUGCAGAAUUGGUGUGUAAAAAUCAGGAAGACAAUCAAAAGUUGCACCGCCGGGCCCAACGACAUAAUGAGAAAAAGGACAAGAUUCAGAGGCACAUCUAUAAACUGAGUGAUUUGGUUGAGAAAAAAAACACAGAAUUUAUGAAUCGUCAGGAGCACCUCGCUCGCAACCGUUGGACACACAUCCUGGAGUUAACGCGAGUGAUUUUCCCCUUGCAAGAAGUGAAAACAGCAAUGAGAGAUCCAGCCGAUGCACCAUUUGAAUCUGACAGUGGCAUGACCUCCAGCACUGUAAGUGAGCUGGCAGAAGCAAGGAGAACUACUUAUCUCUCCGGCAGAUGGAUCUGCGAUGAUAACAAUGGAGAAACUAACAUUGGGAUUGUAGGCCGCUGGAUAUAUCUGCCCAGCAACGGGGACUAUUCGGCUUAUUAUAACUGGGUGGAAGAGAAAAAAUCUGCACAAGGGCCAGAUAUGGAGCAGAGUAACCCGGCAUUUACCAUCAGUGCGGCUUUAUGCUUUGCCACUCAACUGGCAAACAUACUUUCUCACAUUCUUGAUGUAAAUCUUCCCAAAAGACUUUGCAACAGUGAGUUUUGUGAAGAGAAUAUGAACAGAAAGAAGUUCAUUCGAGCAGUGAAUAAGCUAAACACAAACAUCCUAUACCUCUGCUUUUCCCAGCAUGUAAAUCCAGAGUUAUUACAUCCAUUGCACACACUCCGGAACAUGAUGCACUUGGUCAGUCCAGAAAAUAAAAGCCUGGGCAGAUCUGGUCCUUUUGAAAUUAGUGCUGAUCUUGAAGAUUCAAUGGAAUUGGUGGAUCCAAGCAUUGCUGCUCAGACAGAUGAAAGUGGUGAUGAAUAUAUAACUGAUGAAGAAACUGAUUUGGGAACAGAUUGGGAGACUGUACCUAGUCCUAAAUUUUAUGAUAUCCCCUCUCAACCAGUUGAAGUGCUGCAAAGCCAAGCCAUGCAAGUAUCUCAACCGAUCAGCAGUAGUAACAGUAGUGGUGGCAUGAUAUCCUCUGCGGCAGCAUCUGUAACGUCAUGGUGGAAGCAAUACUAUGGACAGCGUUGAUUAUCUGCUGCUCUGCGAGUCAAACCUCUGAUUAAAGGAAAAACACUUGAACAAUGUGCCUACAAAAUACACAAAACUAAACACGUUAAUACUGAUCAGAAGCAUAGUGGCAGAUUACAGCUGGUCAAGUUCAGUUUUCGUGUAAUGGAACAAUUUCAUUGAACAAAUGUAUGUGUCAUAAAUGAACAAAGGAAGUAUCGGGAGCACUUUUUUGUGCAGAGUACUCAGUCAUGAUCUCAUCAAAUGUGGUUCAAAUGCCAACUUUGUUUACCACUGUGACUUUUCAGUCAGACCAACAUUUCCAGUAAUCCGCACUGGUGAAUGUCAGUUGUAGGAGUAUUUGCAGUAUUCCAAAGUGAUAUUUGUAAAAUUAACGAUGAUGCAACUUCAAACCUCCAUACAAGUCGUCAAGCUCAAGGCACAAGGAACGGCAGAUGAUGAUUUACAAAAAACAGAGCUGGAGUACCUAUGGGUCAGGCAGCGUCUCUGGAGGACGCGGAUACGUAACAUUUUGGGUUGGGACUCUUCAAACUCAAGGAAUCCAUGUUGGAACAAAUGGCGAUGUAUCCAUCUUUGAGAGUACGGAUUCAGAUUCUUUCACUCUCGGCCUGUUCCAUCCAGACGACGGCAACUCUUUUCUCCUCCUAAUGCCUUGUUAUUUUCAAAAUGAUCCAUCUGGUAAUCUGCCUCUAGAAUAGUUUCUUCCAAUUAAAAAGAAAAACACCAAGAUUUUGAAUGAUUAAAUUCUCUCAGCAAAACGCAUUUCUACAGAAUCAUGCAUCAAUGCCGUCUCUUCCUCAAUGAUAAAUCAUAUCAACAUGGUCUCCAAAUCUUGCCUGCUUCCUAAAACAAGAUUCCUGGUUGGGCCUAAACAACAAUUGAUAAAGAUUUAACAUUUUCUAUUCUUUAUGACCCUGAACCAAAGGAUCCUAUGAGUAUUUGAAUGGCUUAUCCUGACAUUUCUAAAAUCUGUCUAUAUAAAUAUCUAUUUCCUAUUGUUGCUGUACCCACAUUAAAACUGUACAGUUUAA